GGGUUUAAGGAGGAGAUUUCAUAAGCGUUCUGUUUCUCUCUCUCUCCAGCAUAAAACCUCGCCUGUGUCUCAUCCUCACUCUGUCUUCGCAUGCAGAUUUCAGAAUCACCUGCCAAUAAGGAUGUGGUCUCGCAAUCUCGCUUCCAAAGGGUUUGCUUUUCUCUACCAUAUGCCCAAAGUGAAGCCUGUUGAUCACUGGGUUUCUCCAUUUCGAGCUCUUUUCUCGACCUACAUUGUUGGUGACGAACCAAUUCUCGUUCGGGAUUUCGUCCAUUCUGCAUUGUACGAUCCCAAACAUGGAUACUUCUCUCAAAGAUCGCGGUCAGUCGGUGUACUCGAGAGAAGUAUUAAGUUUAAUCAACUUGAAGGGAGGCAAGCUUACAUGAAGCACUUAGAAAAAAUUUACAAGGACAGUGAUAUAUCAUGGUUUACCCCAGUUGAACUCUUUAAGCCUUGGUAUGCCCAUGGAAUUGCUGAAGCCAUAUUGCGCACUGCUAACCUUUCAGUUCCACUUAAAAUAUAUGAAAUUGGUGGUGGAUCUGGAACUUGUGCAAAGGGAAUAAUGGAUUACAUAAUGUUGAAUGCACCUCCUAGAAUUUACAACAAUAUGACAUACAUCUCAGUAGAAAUUAGUCCCUCUCUUGCGGAGAGACAAAGAGAAACUGUUGGAGAAGUUCGAAGUCACUUGUCAAAGUUUCGAGUAGAGUGCCGUGAUGCUGCUGACAAGAGUGGUUGGGGAAAUGUGGAGCAACAACAAUGUUGGGUAAUAAUGCUUGAGGUGCUUGAUAAUCUUCCUCAUGAUCUUAUCUAUGCAAAAGAUCAAGUUUCCCCUUGGAUGGAAGUAUGGGUAGAAAAGCAACAUGAAAGGGGAGCUCUUGGAGAAUUGUAUAAGCCAUUGCAAGACUCACUUAUUAAGCGAUGUUUUGAGAUAGUGGAUUUCGACAACAGUCAGAAGACUCAAAGUUGGGUAAUGUCGAAAACACAAAGUGCUUGGUCAAAAGUCUUUCCAAAACCUCGAAGAUGUUGGCUUCCAACUGGAUGUCUGAAACUACUAGAGGUUUUACAUGGUGUGCUCCCAAAGAUGUCUUUAAUCGCUUCGGACUUUAGUUAUUUACCUGAUGUAAGAGUGCCUGGUGAGAGAGCUCCAUUGGUUUCAACCAAGAAAGAUGGCAGUAGUUCAGACUAUAGCAGUUAUCUUGAUGCAAAGGGUGAUGCUGAUAUCUUUUUUCCUACCGACUUUUUGCUUUUGGAAAAUAUCGAACAUUACUGUUCUGGAUGGCAGAAACCGAAGAAAGGUGAAUCGGCCAAGCAAGGGAAAAAAAGGCGAACAUGCAUACUUGAUACCUCUUCAUUCAUGGAAGAGUUUGGAUUGCCUUCAAAGACGAGAACCAAAGAUGGAUACAACCCGCUUCUGGAUGAUUUCAAGAACACUAAGUUCUACCUUAGUGUCCCUACACAUAACAUAAAAUAGGCAAAAUCAUCAUUCAUCUUAUGUUUGGAGAAUAUGGUUAAUUGGGUUUUUGGAGAUUCCUAUUUUAAUGAAGUGGGAUUCCAUACAAAAUUGAAUCGAAAUUUGGUCAACCAAUGUACCAAAUAAGUGAUUUGUUUUUUGAUAAGUACAACACAUGUUGGUUUUUAAGGGAACAAGAAAAUUGCUCAUUUAUGAAGACUUGUGCAAUAUAUGUGGCUUCCAACAUUUGUAAGAGAAUAUGAAGAACUGGGGGCUUGAGAAGACUGUUGAGGAGUCUUUAGAAAAUUGGGAGCUGAUAGAGUUGUGAGGAUUGGAAACUUUCUAAAUUUUUAUGUAUUUUUAUAUUCGUUGAUAGUUCUCAGCUUAAUACAAGCAUUCAUGAAAUAAAAUGCAAAAUAAUAAAUUUGAACUUUGCAACA